AUGGCGGAUGUCGAGGGGCAAGCGCUUUGUCCAUCGCUGCCUCAGCAUCCAGCGUGUAACGGAACCGGGAGCGUCGACGUUACGCCGGACGCAGACGGCUGCUGCGGCAGUGGCUUCCAGAUCCCAAACAGCACCGUGACGUCGGGCCCACGGCUCAUCCGGAUAGUCAAGUCCGACUCGGGCUAUGGUUUUAACGUCCGGGGCCAAGUUAGUGAAGGUGGGCAACUCCGGAGCAUUAACGGGGAACUAUACGCCCCGCUGCAGCAUGUCAGCGCGGUCCUACCUGGUGGUGCAGCCGACAGAGCCGGUAUAUCGAAAGGGGACAGGAUUCUUGAAGUGAAUAGAGUGAAUGUCGAAGGCGCGACACACAAGCAGGUGGUGGACCUGAUCCGGGCAGGAGAGAGGGAGCUAGUACUGACUGUGCUUUCAGUCCCGCCUCAAGAAGCCGACUGUUUGGAUGUCGGGGACGAUGGCUCUGCCCAGUCCUGUUACGAUUACUCUGACAAGCAGGCCGUCCCCAUCUCUGUGCCUAGCUACAAACACACAGAGCUUCACCAGGAAAAGUUUGUGGUAUAUAAUGUCCAUAUGGCAGGAAGGCAGCUGUGCUCCAAACGAUACCGGGAGUUUGUGAUUCUCCACCAAAACUUGAAGAGAGAGUUUGCCAACUACAUAUUUCCUAAGCUGCCCGGGAAGUGGCCUUUUAGUCUGUCGGAGCAACAGCUGGAUGCGCGACGCAGAGGACUGGAAGAAUAUCUGGAGAGAAUUUGCUCUGUGAGGGUCAUUGGCGAAAGUGAUAUUAUGCAGGAGUUCCUGUCUGAGUCAGAUGAAAACUACAAUGGUGUGUGGGAUGUUGACUUGAAAAUAGCUGUUCCUGAUAAGACCACACUCACUGUCCGGGUUCGCAAAAAUUCCACCACUGAUCAGGUCUACCAGGCUGUGGUCAUGAAACUAGGGAUGGACAGCAUAACAGCCAGCUAUUUUGCCCUGUUUGAAGUCAUCAACCAUACUUUCUUACGUAAGCUUGCCCCCAACGAGUUUCCCCACAAACUCUAUGUUCAAAACUACACAUCAGCUAUCCCGGGAACCUGCCUGACAAUGCGCAAGUGGCUCUUCACUACAGAAGAGGAGACAUUGCUCAAUGAUAACCAACUUGCUGUCUGCUACUUCUUCCACCAGGCCUUGGAAGAUGUGAAGAGGGGUUUCAUCAAAGUAGAGCAGAAGUCCUACCAGCUGCAGAAGAUGGCAGAGCAAAAGAACAUGUCCAUGUAUCUUGCCUUGUUGAGGGGCUGCGCGGGCUACAAUGAAAUCUUGUUCCCUCACUGCUCGUGCGACUCCAGGCGUAAAGGCCAUGUCAUCGCAGCCAUUAGCAUUCAGCACUUCAAGCUGCAUGCCUGCACAGAGGAGGGGACACUUGAGAACCAAGUGAUUGCCUUUGAGUGGGGGGAGAUGCAGAGGUGGGACACCGAUGAAGAGGGAAUGGCCUUUUGCUUCGAGUAUGCGCGAGGGGAGAAGAAACCUCGCUGGGUCAAGAUAUUCACACCUUAUUUUAACUACAUGCACGAAUGCUUUGAGAGAGUGUUCUGCGAGCUAAAGUGGAGAAAGGAGGUGGCAGAGGAAGCAACAGACAAAGACAACAAGAACUGCUCCAACGAUGAAUAUUUUCCAGCUGUUGAGGCAUCGAAUGGAUGGACGCACCCAGCGAGGGAGAUCGUUACCUCUUGA